AUGCAUCACCAAUCACCGGGCACGAGCGGUGAUUUCUAUACGUAUGGAAAUCUGCCAUCAGUCUCCUCGAUUCAACGAAUACCCCCAAGUCCAGCUGAAUUCAAUCACGCAAACAGCUCAAUGGAUGGUGGAUAUCAGAUGGAAAGCGAGCUACCACCAAUCAACCAUUCAAAUCCUCAUCCAUAUCCUCAACAACAAAUCAACUCGUUUCCUGGAUCUCCAUUAACGAUUCAGACGAAUCUACCACCAAUCCAAAUGACAGCAAUGACACAAUUCAAGAUCAACCAUUGGCAGAAUAAGAAUUUCGAUAGUGGAGUGCAAACGAUGAGCCAUAGCCAGGUCCCUUCUGUAAUGUCAAUGGGAUCCGUGCAUCCACCUUCAAUGAUGUCUGGUGUCUCUUCCAUGGCUGAUGAGCUGGCAAGAACCGAACUCACUGAUCAACAACAACAAAGAUUCGAGAAUAUUCCGCUUGGGUAUCGACAAGACUCGUCAAAAGCUCUUUCAGCGAUGCCUUCACUUGUGCAAUUGAUGAGAGACACGGAUGAGGUUGUUGUUCAAAAAGCUGUUGGCAUUGUUCAAAACAUUGCGCGACAAGAUGACGAUGAGAGACGAACUCCACCAGUGAUCCGGGGUAGAGAAGUGCCCGAAACGCUUCGUUCGGUGAUGAUACACUGGAAGAACAAGCCUAUGAUUGUACGAAUGUGUUUGGGUACAUUAUUUCAUCUAUGCAGUCGGAGUCAAGAUCAAGAAACACUUCAAGAGAUUAUUCGACUUACCAAAGAGAAUAACUGGAGUUUUCUAACGGAUUUGAUUACUUUUAUUGGACGUGAAGAGAAUGCUUGUUGGAGAUACGCGACAUUGAUUCUUCACAGUAUUGUUUCUGAGAAAAAUAUUGGAAUUGAAGCACUGCUACAAGCAAGAAAAUUAAAUGCUCUAGUUGCUGUUUCAUCUCGUCUUGCUCCAAAUAAUAGUGAGAAAUUGUUGUCUGUUGUCGUUGAGCUUUGUCGAUUACUUUGUGACAAGGAUGUUGAUUUAAAACAUAAAUUCCUGGAGCUUGGUGGAAUUCAAAAGUUGUUAAGCGUGCUGAACGGAUGUCAGUACGAGAAUCUUCUGUGGAGAACAACUCAGCUACUCAAUCAUUUCGCAAAUUAUGAACCAGGCUGGUUGGUGGGUUGUGGAGCUCACAAAACCCUGUGUCGAAUGCUCACUCAUGGAUCGCCUCGAGUCGUCAAUAGUGCCCUAGAAUGUUUGAGAAACAUUAGCGACGUGAGUUGUGAGGAUUCCGAUUGUUUCCCAUUGCUCUCAACCUUGCUACGAUUUAUGGGCAACGAAAAUCUGAAAACCGUCCUCUACGCUGUACAAAUUAUGGGAAACAUGUGCGCGAACAAUAAAGCGAGAAAGGAACACUUGAUUCAAAUGAAUGGAGUCGGAUUGUUGAUUCGGCAGAUCUGCGUUCCCUCGAGUAAUCCACCACUUGAGGAGGAGUGUCACAGAGAAAUCCUUGAUCUUCUUCGAUCUCUAAGCAUGGGUCAUGAUCGAGUUCAAGAAGUUCAAUUAAUGCUCUUCGAAAAUCCAGAGAUCUAUCUGCACAAGUUGAUGCAAUUGAGACCAGCUGUGCUGAAGAAAACGUUACAGGUUCUCAUGCAAGCCGCCAAAAACGACGCAAACCUUGAACGCUUCUCCGCCACAGCUCUCGCUAAUCCCCAAACGAGAGCCCGGAUCUCUUUCCCGUCUUUAAUCAUUUAUGUUCUCUAUAUUUCUUGUGAACAUCUGCCAGAGAAUCAAAUGAUUGAAAACGUCUCGAUUCCCGAUUUGAUUCACUUCUCAAUGGCUACUUUACAGCAAUUAUGUAGAGAUCGGAAUUUGUUGAAUGAGAUUUCUAUGUUACUUGGACAGCCGAAUCAUUUGCUAUCGGGGACAAUCUUGCCGGUGUAUGCUCUCUUACAGCCACAGAUCAGAGAGGAGUCCGUAACCAGAAGUGCUCUUGGCCUCUUGUCUUCUAUUGCAAUCAUUCCAGAGUUGACUGCCUCAUUCUCUUCAAAUCUUCAACUAAUCAAGACGAUCACUCAGCACAAAGCCAGUCAAAAUCAAACGAUUGCCAGCUAUGCGAAUCGAGCUCUCACACUCAUUCAACAAGGCGUUGAGCAAAUGAAGAGCAAUUCGACUCAAAACUAUCCAAUCGAGCAACCCAGAUCAAGUGGAACUCUAAGAAAAUCAUCAUCUCGUCCACUAGAAGAUCUUCAACAAUAUGUUUCCACUCAUCAACCAUCGCCGCAAAGCUCAAGUAGAGCUGAACAGCUUGCUGAAUACAUUGAACCAGUACCAUCAUUGGAAAUGGCACGGAAUGCCCCAUCGAGAGAACCAGAGAAUAGUCCUGAUCAAUCGCCAGCUGAUAAUUGGCCAGCUGAUCUGAAUGAUGUGCAGGAUACACUGAAUCCGUUUGUCAAUGUGUUUUGUGGAAACGAUCCAUCACCGUCAUAUCAACAACCGAUGCCAUCCGAGUACCAUGGUGACCCGAAAAUGGAUAUGAGUGGACAAUAUGAUGGAAACAAUUGGACAGGAUAUCAAAACAAUGCACCAAAUUACUACCCACGACAACAUUACCCAAAUCCUCAUCAACCCACACAAUAUCCAAAUCAAAUGGGCUACUAUGAAGAAUAUCGAUAUGCGCCAGGCUCACAAAACGACUAUCGACAACGACCACCCGUUCCGACACAGAAUCAACGGCAAAAUUAUUCGAAUUAUCCGCCUCAAUAUCCCCAACAAAUGCCAUAUGAUGAUAGACGAUAUCCACCGUAU